ACAGAGACCCAAGAUGGAAACUCCUCUGCACAUUAAAUGCAGUGAACCAGAGAGGAGACAGACGACUGAUACAGAGAGACGGGAGCAGCCGAACACAAAACCCAUUUUUGUCGUGUAAAGCUCACUAGCAGUUGACAUGAAGCUGAAGAUACCAAAUCCGGGAUUGGAUGAGCGGAUCCCCUCUCAUCAGGAGCUGGAGAAGAUGGAGAAGGAGGAGGCCGGGGAUCGACCCAAAUGGGACAACAAAGCCCAGUAUCUGCUCACCUGUGUGGGCUUCUGUGUGGGGCUCGGCAACGUCUGGCGGUUCCCGUACCUGUGCCAAAGCCAUGGAGGAGGAGCGUUUAUGAUCCCAUUUCUCAUCCUGUUGGUUCUGGAGGGAAUCCCGCUGUUGCACCUGGAGUUUGCGAUCGGCCAGCGCCUCAGGAGAGGCAGCGUGGGCGUCUGGCGCUCCAUUAAUCCGUACCUAACAGGUGUCGGGAUUGCAUCCAUGAUCGUCUCCUUCUUGGUGGGCGUGUACUACAACACCAUCAUGGCUUGGAUCAUGUGGUAUCUCUUCAACUCCUUCCAGGAUCCGUUGCCUUGGAGUCAGUGCCCUCUCAAUGCAAACAGGACAGGUCGGGUGUCAGAAUGUGAGCAGAGCACCACAGUUGACUACUUCUGGUACAGAGAGACUCUGAACACCUCUACGGUCAUAGAUGAAGCUGGAGGUCUGCAGUGGUGGAUGGUGUUGGCCCUUGUGGCUGCCUGGACUCUGCUCUAUGUCUGCUGCAUCAGAGGCAUUGAGACCACUGGCAAGGCAGUGUACAUCACAUCCACUCUGCCAUACCUGGUCCUCACCAUCUUCCUCAUCAGAGGACUGACGCUCAAAGGCUCUCUAGAUGGGAUCAAAUUCCUCUUCACACCCAACGUAAACGAGUUGAUGAAUCCAACCACAUGGCUGGACGCAGGUGCCCAGGUCUUCUACUCUUUCUCCCUAGCCUUUGGUGGCCUCAUCUCCUUCUCCAGCUACAACUCUGUUCACAACAACUGUGAGCUGGAUGCUGUCCUCAUCUCUGUUAUCAACGGCUGCACUUCAAUCUAUUCUGCAACGGUCAUCUACUCCAUCAUCGGCUUCAGGGCCACAGAGAAAUAUGAUGAUUGCGUGGGACGAAACAUCUUGGAGCUGAUGAAUACCUUCAAUUACCCUGAAAACAGUAUUACAGAGAGCAAUUACGAUGAAGUACUGAAACAACUCAACCAAACCCGUCCAGCAAUCAUUCAAGGGCUGGAUCUGCAAACCUGUGACAUGCAGUUUUUCCUCAGUCAGGGGGUGGAAGGAACAGGACUGGCAUUCAUAGUGUUUACAGAGGCUAUCAUCAAAAUGCCCGUUUCACCUGUAUGGGCUAUCCUCUUCUUCAUCAUGCUCUUCUGUCUGGGGCUCUCCACCAUGUUUGGCAACAUUGAGGGAGUGGUGGUUCCUUUACAGGACCUAAAUAUCCUGCCCAAAACGUGGCCUAAAGAGAUUUUCACGGGUCUGAUAUGUCUGAUGUCUUUGCUCCUUGGCCUCAUAUUUGCCCUGCGCUCUGGAAACUACUGGUUGGCACUUUUUGAUAGUUUUGCUGGGUCCAUCCCGCUCCUGGUCAUUGCCUUCUUUGAGAUGGUCUCUGUUGUCUAUAUCUAUGGCAUAGAUAGGUUUAACAAGGACAUUGAAUUUAUGAUUGGCCACAAGCCCAAUUUCUUCUGGCAGGUGACAUGGCGGUUGGUCAGUCCGCUCAUCAUGGCAGUCAUCUUUGUUUUUUACUUUAUAACCCAAAUAACCAAGGAUCUAACCUAUCUGGUCUGGGACCAGGAAGCGGCGGAGUUCCCAGCCCUGGCGGAGCGUCCAUAUCCUUCUUGGGUCUAUGUCAUCAUCUUCAUCCUGGCAGGAGUGCCCAGUCUGGCUAUUCCAGUAGUCGCAAUUGUCAAAUUCAUCCAGAACAAACUGUGCAGGCAGAAAAGCUACAAAGAGGAAACGGUUGAGACAGUUUCAGCCAAAAUGACAAUGAGCGAAGCAAUUAGGGCCUAAAUAUCUUUCUCUAACGUAACGGGAAAGGGUGGACUUUUGUUGCCAACUGUAUCACUGGCUAAUAUCUGUUUCCUUUAUGUUAGAGUCCCAACAGCUGGAUAAUGUUUAAAUUCACACCAUUAAGUUAAAGCCGCUGUCAUUUGAUGCCUUUUUUGUGGUCUGUCAACUCAUUGUUUCGUUUAAUGUUCUUUAUAUUACAGAAGGUGUUUUUAUCUCUGAAAAUGCUUAUGCGAUUUGGUGAAUGUUUCCUUUUACUGUAUAUAGCAUUAUCUGCUGUGAAAGAUACCAUACAGAGUAAUGGUUACGCACUUGAAACAUGAUGUCACAAUAAUGUAAUAUAGUUUGCCAUAAGUUGUAAGUGUCACAUUUAUGUUGCAUAUUGAUAUCAUCUGUGUAUUAGGGAGGUGCAAUUAAUUUAUGUUUUUAUGAAUUGAUUAUGACCAAGGAAAUAUUUUCCAACACUUCUGCAGUAUUCAAAGAGGCCUAUGUUAAUAUAUAUUCAUGUCAAAGCUCCUCAAACCUAUAUAUAUCUUUUUUUCUCAUGCUGCUGCUUAAUAAUAAAGAUAUUUCAGAAAUAUGGUAGCAUACCUUAUUGAGCAUACCAUAUCCUUCCCUAUUGGAAUCUAUCACAGACUGCUCAAAAUCAUUCCUGAUCAAUAAAGUAUCUAAAAAAAAAAAGUUCAAAUCACAUUUUCUCUCACAAUUGUAACGUGUACUCACAAAUUGAAAAGCUACCAAAAUUCAUCACUAGAUACUGUAAACCUGGUGUAAUUUACUUAGGUGGCCAGUGCCGAGACCACAAAACAGUUUCUGAGGCGAACAAAGGGUUAACAACAAGGAAUCUUUCCUUUGUGUAAUUAUUAAUAAUGUGUAAUAAUUAGUAACAGUGCAAAUCCUAACACGAAACCGACCUUUUCCCUCGGACGUAGAUAGAUUUUCUUUGUACCAAGAUGUUUUUUCUUUUUUUCAAAUUCUUUUAUGGGCUUGGGCGGAGUCGGGUACAUGGAUAUGGGAGUUUGUAUUAGGCUAUUGCUGAAACUAUU